GGAGGACACCGGAUGAUGGAUGGUGCGCUCGGAUGAAGGCAGACCUCAGAGCGCGGCCCAGUGGCAUGCAGAGAUCCGCGCUGUGCGCUCCUGAAGCCCGUCACCUGCGUGAAGCGGAGAUGGAGUUCAGAUAGACGCGCCGCUCCAGCCCUGGGACUGAUCGCUGCGACUUCCGCUCUGGAUUUCUGCACUUCAUGUUUAGUCGCCCUGUGAAAAUGUGGAGACUCACCAACUUGUUGGCCUGUCUGCUGGUGUUGUGUAAGGACGCGUCCUCACAGAACAAGAUCUUUGGGGACACCGAGCCUGUCAGGAUGACAUCAGAGGGCUCCGACUGCCGCUGUAAGUGCAUCAUGCGGCCUCUGAGUAAGGACGCCUGCCUGCGGCUGCGCAGCGGCAGCGUGCGCGUGGAGGACUUCUACACUGUAGAGACGGUCAGCUCGGGAUCAGACUGUAAGUGCUCCUGCACGGCUCCGCCGUCCUCACUCAACCCCUGUGAGAACGAGUGGAAGAUGGAGAAGCUGAAGAAACAGGCCCCGGAGUUAUUAAAGCUCCAGUCCAUGGUGGACCUUCUGGAGGGAACCCUGUACAGUAUGGAUCUACUGAAGGUCCACUCCUAUAUCAACAAGGUGGUCUCUCAGAUGAACACCCUCGAAGAGACCAUCAAAACAAACCUUACGCGAGAGAAUGAAUAUGUACGGGACAGCAUGACCAGCUUGACCAACCAGUUUAAAAAAUAUGAGAACUACUCCAACAUCAUGAUGAGCAUCAAGAAGGAGAUCUCCUCGCUCAGCCUGCAGCUGCUGCAGAAAGACACGUCUGAGAGCAAAGCACAGGACACUCAUGAUGAGAAAGUCAAGCCUCCAGGAAAGGUAGCAAACAAAAAGACCCCUGUUGCCAAAACACCUCCAAAGGCACCCAAAGAAAAACCAGUCAAGCCCAAGAAAGAGGUCAUAAAGCCUGGGAAACCGAUUAAGCCCGACCCAACUCCAAAAUCGAAGGUGGUUGGCCAGCAGCCUGGUGUGGUGAGGAGCAUCACAUACUACAAGGCCUCUAAGACCAACCAAGACGACCAAAGAGGAGACCACUCUGUGAAAACACACCCGGUCCAUCAUCUAACAGAAAAUGAGCAUGAGGAUGGAGGGACUGAAACUAUCCUAGAGCCUGUUGAGGGAACUGUGGCUGAGACCUUUGACCCCACUACAGCUCCCACUGCUACCAUUACCACCACCACCACUACUACCGCCACCACCACCACAACGUCCACCACCACAGAGCCCACUACUACCACUAUCCAAAGCACGCCCCGGUCUGAAAGACCAGCUCCUACUAUUGUGCUGGUGCUGGACAACUCCAACAACAACAGUCGGCCCAGCCUCCACAGAGAAGGGAAAAUUCUCAACUGUGAAGGAACUCUGGCAUCCAUUGAGCAACCGGAGAAACAACACAGUUAUGGGCGCAAUGAGGGAGCCUGGAUGAAGGAUCCUUUGGCUAAGGACUCCAAGAUCUACGUGACUAAUUACUACUAUGGCAACAACCUGGUGGAGUUCCGUAACCUGGAUAACUUCAAACAAGGGCGUUGGAGUAAUCUUUACAAACUGCCCUAUAACUGGAUCGGGACUGGCCAUGUGGUUUAUAACGGAGCAUUCUACUACAACAGGGCCUUCACUAAGAACAUCAUUAAGUAUGAUCUGAGGAUGCGAUAUAUGGCAGCGUGGACUCUGCUGCACGAUGUCGUCUACGAGGACACCAACCGCUGGAAGUGGAGGGGACACUCGGAUAUUGACUUUGCAGUUGACGAAAGUGGUCUGUGGGUAAUCUACCCAUCUCUGGACUAUGACUACAACCAGCAAGAGUUGAUUGUGAUUAGCAAACUGGAUCCCGGAGACCUGUCCCUGAAAAAGGAAACGACCUACCGAACAGGCCUCAAGCGGAACUCUUAUGGAAACUGCUUCAUCAUCUGCGGUGUCCUGUACGCUGUCGAUGUGUACAACCAGAAAGAAGCUGAGGUGAACUAUGCUUAUGACACCCACACAAACACGGAGGCAAUCCCACGUUUGCCAUUCACCAACGAGUACUCCUUCACCACCCAGAUCGACUACAACCCAAAGGAUAAGCUUCUGUAUGCAUGGGACAAUGGCAAUCAGGUCACAUAUCAGGUGAACUUCAUUGAGGAAUGAGCACAGGUAAUUUGUAUCCAGGCUUGCCAGGAUGGCAACCAGUUAGAGGAUUCUCAGUAUUUAUCUGUAAGAACUCAUGUAGAACCUAUCAUUGGACGUAGAUCUAUUUUUGGGCCUCAGUCAGGCUUUACAGCCUUUCCUGUUAUCUUCUAAAGCAUGUUGUUAUACAAUUUUCCAACCCUUAAAUUUGUUUUGCACAGUUUGGACAAUAAAUUAUAAUAACAAACUGAAAACAAUAUUAUUUUCCUGCUAUAUUACCAAUCAGCUGACUACUGAAUACAACCUGGGGCAGAAAAUAUCUUUCUUAGAAUAUAUUUGAUCAGUUUUUCUAUUUUGUUGUCAAAAAAACCCCUAAAACAAGACAAAAAAACAAAAGGAAAACCCAGAUAUGACCCAAAGCUGGUCUAUUUAGUAAAUAGUAUGCCUGUCACUCUAGUAAUUUUUUCUGGAUGAUAAAUUGCCCCAGAAAUUAUUGAGAUAAACAAUAACAUUAUGGUUUUGAAACCAUUUUCAACUAUAUAAUGAUAAUGGCAUAAUAAUACAAGUUCACCAUUGCAUUAUUGAGGAUGAACUCAAUGCAAAAUCUCAAAGAAAUUGUGUUCUUUACAAACAAAACUCACAACAACCAAAAUCUAUAAAUAAAAAAGGAAAUAAACUCCACAAUAAAAACUCAAAACCUUUCAUAAAUUGGAUUAUUUAGUUUCCAAACAAAAUUGCCCUUCAAUAAAUAUUAAUCAUCAGAAGCAAUCAAUUUCAUGUUGCCUCAUAAAAGUGAUUGAUUAAUUGCUUAUUGCGACAGGUUCAGCUACCACCAUUCUGUGGUCACUUUUACUGUCUUCACCAGGAGCAAAGUGGAGCCGAAGUCCAAGUUUUUGUUUGGGUGCACAAACGUGGUGAAAAAAAGUUGAUUCUGAUUCUAGCUGAACGUUCAAUCUUUGUCAAACAUCUCAAGAUAUACUGUAUAUACAGAACAAAGUUGCCUCAUUGGUGUAUCUUUUUUCACAUUAUGCAUUGAAAAGAAAUGUAAUCAUUUGGUGUUGAGGAAAUGAGCAAAAAAGGCAGAGCCUUUUCAUUUACCUUGUUUUUCAGUUUCCACCAUAUACUUUCAGUUUGUUUGAAAUCCAGACUAUGUCUGGACAGGUCACUGAGCUGAUCUGCCUUUCCUGAAGAGAAGUUUGAACGCUCUUUGCUUGGUGUAAAGUUGCGUUAUUAUUCUGACAAAUCUUGAUUUCAUUAUUAAGCUUUCUUUGGAUUGAUGGAAUAAGAAAUGUUAGUAAUGUGCGUAUCAGGAGUCUGAGCUCUCCAUUAACCCAGAGCUCAUCCUCGCUGCUGCUGUAGUAGAUCCACAAGCAGAAUUAGCGAAAUCACUUAGUGGCGGCAGACUCACUUCAAACACCACAGACUUAGAGGAUUCUGUCUGGAGUAGGCAGACAGUGAUUUGUGGAAUAUAUGAUGAUUCAGUUAAACAAUUUUUUUACUCUGAAUCUCUGACUGCAUGCAUUUUAACAGCCAUACAACCAUCGGUCAAAUGGUACCAGGAGCAGAAGAAGAGUAUUAACAGUGACUGUUGGGAACUAAACAAAAACUGUAUUGAUUUGCCUUUUACUUUUCUUCUUCUUCUUCAUGUGUUCAAUCCAUCACACAAUCAUCCUCUCAGGCCACAACCGCUUUUUUGGCAACAAAACUGACUCAAGUGUCUCCAGGAAACUGGAUCAAUUUAAACAACUGGAGUCCAUAAAUGGAACUGAGUUGAUCACGCCAAAGUGUUAUGCUAACAGAUAAUGAAAUUAUGAAUUAAUAAGCAGCUAUCUCUGAACGUUAGGAAUAUAAUGCUCAGUAAAACAACUCAUCAAGCAACCACCAGGAGUACUGAUUCCAUAUUUUUCAUCAGAGGUUGGGUUUGUCAUUUACCUAAGAUAUCAGACUUUCCAAUGGCUGUUCAGAUGCAUUCUGGAGUGUUUUUGUUUUAAUAGUUUUUGAAAAAUGUUUUCUCUUUUUGGCAUUUAACUCAGCUGGUGAUAUUACUUCAGCUUGUUCUAGCAGACAGGCUUCUGAGAAAGGUUCCCAGGGCCUAAGUAUCAGUCAUGUCAUCAUUUUCCCAUCCUGUGACCAAACAUUUAUUCAGGAAUUUGCUUUAUUAUUAUCCAUGCAUCCUGUUUCUUCACCAGAGAAAUGUCGAGGAGUGUGCUGAUUAAACUGUAUGAAAAAAUGUACACUUUACUUUUAUAUUUGUUCACAAUAUGAUUUGAUGAUGUAAUGAAUCUGUUAUUGUUUCUUCAUAAAAAGAUCCAGUUUUUACCAUGCCAAUAACCUUUCAUAGCCACUGUAUAUAUUGUAAAUGAGCAUUUGAAUGUUUGCACUUCAAACCGGGAUCAUCGUGUUCUAACAAAAGUGCAAUGUAGCCAUGUUAUUUUGUUUCAGAUUUACAUGUUUUACCACCCAUGAUGUAAGGCUUACACAAAUCUAGAAUGUUUUUUGGGGGGGGUUCUUGCAACAACAUUGUUGCAGGAACAUUGUUGUUCCUGCAACAAUGAUUCAUAACCACAAUGUUUUUUUAAAAAAGCUUAUUACUGAAAUCAUGUCAGUAUCAAUAAAGUCAUUUGUUUAAGUCUACACAUAGAAACAGAAACAUAAUAUUGUGUUGAAACAAGUUGAGCAUGUGCUUGUGUCAUGAAAUAAAAUUUUCACUCUGAAA